AUGUUCGUGGAAGUGACUAAGUCUCUUGUUAUUAUACAUGCAGAUACCUCCCUGUCUCUCUCUGCACUCUCUCUCACCUUGGACUCGCCGCACAAGGAAAUUGCAAUUGUCAAGGACAUGAACCUCAGUUUGAUGAAAUACUUGGGCUCCAUUAUAUCAUGGAAUAGAGACCCGCAUUCCCCGAUCUUACCCAGCGCCUCCCGUACAUCUGCUGCUCUGAGCGUUAUCCUACCAGCAAACGAGCCCGGCCAACAUGAUAUACCUUCACCGAAUCUCAGCAUUCUGCGUGCCGGAAUUCGGGACAGUAUGGGUUUAGCUUUCUACCUGAUCUCGAAUAACCUGCGCUCGGGGUAUGGUGAUGAUUAUGAAGAUGCUCGUGACUCGACGGAGCGAGACGACAUACUGUACUUGCAAAUCCUGAAAGAUAUUGGCUGGGAUGAUCUACAUCACCUCAGGAUUCUGCUUUCAAGUGACGAGCCAACUGUCGAGUGUAUCACCGAAAGAUUGUUUGCGGCUGCACUGCGAUCAAACAAUUUCGAGAUUGCCCACAAAAUGCUCCGAGCGGGAAUGAACCCCAAUAUAGUUUUCGAGCAAUUCAUGGAGGGCUUCGAGGAUCAGCCCUUCCUUACUCCUUUGCAAUAUCUUUUGGCAAGCGCGCAUCUUUCGCCAGGCGGCAUGAAUGCCCAAUCUAUCGAUUUUUUGAUUUCACAUGGUGCCGAUGUGAAUUUCUCGGUCAAUGAUAGUGGGCGAAAUGCUCUAUUUUAUGCUGUCGCGGGUGAAUUUUGGACUACCGUUCGUUUGCUUCUGGAUGAUGGCGCGAAAGUGACAAGGCAAUGCGCUGAAAUGAUGAUUGCCCACUGGGCCUCCCUUUGUGAGACCAAUGAGGGUUCUAAUCUCAUGAAAGAGAUGAUUGGCAUAUAUCUUGAUCAAAGUGUGAGAACACAACAGGAUGAGACCAAAACUCUUUUACCGGCUGUCUUGGAAGGCAAUGUGGACCUUGUCCAGCUUUUCAUUACCAAGGGAGUUCGACUAAAUGGGUUAGUUGCAUGCUCCACAAUUGAGGGGCCCCAUCAAACUACACUACUGGGACGGGCAGUCGAGAAUAAGUUUAGGGACAUCAUACGACUGUUGCUCCAUGUGCCGCCUCCCGCAGACCUGUCGCUUAUCUAUCCACCUUAUAUCUCCCCACUGGCUUUAGCAGUUGAGGGGGGCGCUGUUGAUAUCUAUGAGGAUCUACUCAACUCAGGUGCUAACCUCCGAGCUGCUGAUGAAGGUCAAAAAACACUACUUGAGCGUGCCGUUCGAAGAAGGGAUCUUUCCCUUUGUCAAAUGGUGAUAAAUCACGGCGCCAGAGUUGACAGAGAACCACAAGAAGUCCAUUGGCUCCCGUCAGCGCUCAUGAUUGCUGUUCAGCAAAAUUCGAUGGCUAUCGUUGAUCUUUUGAUCGCUUCGAAUGCUCGAUUGAAUGAUACCUUCAAUGGAAUUUCCUCCACCAUUCUCGCAGCAGCAGUUGAAGCUGGGAAUGUGGCAAUGAUCGAGAAGCUAGAGAAUGCAGGGGCAACAAACCUUGGACUCGAAGUCAGAAAGAUCGGCAAUCUACAGACUGCACUACUUCUGGAAAGCAGAAUCUACUUUCAGAGGAUCCUGUAUAAUUUUGGCCCGAGUAUCCUUGAAGCAGCCAUUUGUACUAGAGAUGAGCCUCUGACGUGGUUUUUGCUCCAGAGGAUUACUCGCUUGAACCAGCACACGACAAUCGCAUUUGACGACAAAAGUCCUCUGUCGGUCGCCAUUCAAUUCAGGAACUUUGACGUUGUGUUGGCUUUACUUGAGCGCGGUGUCCAAGUCACAGAUCAUGUCCUCACGGACGCCGUGCGUCAAGAACGCAUCCCCCUUUUGUCACUAUUGCUUCCACGGCUUUGGGGAAACGCCCCAACAGCAGUUUCAGCUGCGGUGCUCAAGCCCUCAAUAAAGUGCCUAGAAAUAUUUCGAGAAGCCAAUGUUGGCUUCACGGGGGCACCUCGGAUAUCUUAUCUUCAAUGGGGUAGUAGAAUGAAACGGAACCGCCUGAAAGAUUGCCGCCUAGAGUCAACACUUGAGAUUGCAACUUUGAUGGCUGAUGAUUCUAUGUUCAAGUAUCUUCUCGAAUGGGCGGUCUCCGUACCGACCAAUUGGUGCCAAGACUCAGGAGCUCGCGCCCUAACAUUGGCAAUCGUCAAUGAAAAACUUGAUCGCAUCUUUGAUUUGAUGCAGCUCGACUCAAACAUGAACUGCAGCAUCACCUUGCACUGGUUAUCCUCCUCUGAAUCUCCGAAGGGAACGUUUACCCCCCUUCAAGCUGCUGUGAGAACCCAGCGGGUGUCUGUCGUCCGUGACCUAUUGAUUUUGAAGCGAGCGGAUGUCAACUACUUGGGAGCUGGCGAACUGAGACGAACACCAUUGCAGCAUGCCGUUGAGCUUGGAAAUAUGGAGAUUUUUGGCCUUCUUCUAAAGCAUGGGGCUGAUGUCAAUGCUCCGGCUGCCGAUGAUGGAGGUGCCACUGCUUUGCAAAUUGCAGCCAUUAAAGGAUUCAUCGGAAUCGCACGGAAGCUUCUCGACCUUGGUGCAGACGUUAAUCAAGCUCCCGCAAUCGAAAAUGGGCGGACGGCCCUGGGGGGCGCUGCAGAGUAUGGUCGCAUUGAUAUGUUACAAAUGCUUCUUAACAAAGGAGCACUGGUCGUGGGUGAAUACGAAGACCAAUAUCUCACGGCUGUCAAGCUUGCAGAGGGUCGGGGCCAUCGUGCUGCGGCCAGACUCUUGAGGUCAUUCAAAGAAUCAGUCGAAUUGGCAGCAUAG